AUGAGAGGAAGUAAAGAGGAGGAUGGGAGCGAAAGUAGAGGAUGUCUUCAAAACGCAUUGUUGUCUUUGGAUUUAAGCUAUAAUCGUAUUUGGGGAUCCAUCCCGAAGGCAAUCAACAAAUUUUCUUCAUUGAGAAAUUUGCUUAUUGGUAAUAACCAGUUGAAUGGUACGAUAUCUCAAGGAAUUGGAACACUUUCUAUGCUCGAGAAUUUGGAUAUUUCUUCCAAUUCUCUGCAAGAAACACUCUCUGAUGCCCAUUUCUCAAAUCUUUCAAGGUUAAGCACUCUAGACAUGUCUGGAAAUCCAAAUAUAGUGCUCCAUAUCAGGGAUAAUUGGAUUCCUCCAUUUCAACUUAUGCAUUUGAAUUUGGAAUCAUGCAAGUUAGGGCCAUAUUUCCCAAAAUGGAUUGUAACCCAAACCAAUCUUUCCUAUCUGGGCAUAUCAGAUGCUGGGAUUCAUGAUAGCGUUCCAACUUCUUUUUGGAACUCAUUGUCACCUUUAAAUCUGGAUUAUUUAAAUGUUUCUAAUAACAUGAUUUAUGGACCAUUUCCAGAUUUAUCGAUCACACUUCAAAAACUCCCUAUCAUCGACUUCAGUUCAAAUAAUUUGAGGGAUCUUUCUCUCAACCACAUCUCUGGAACAAUCCCAAAAUGCAUAUACAACUUAACAGCAAUGACUAGCACACAUGAUUUCGAUGAUAUUACUUUGUCGAAUUAUGUAUACAUUGUAGACGCGAAACUGAUGUGGAAAUGGAAAGAACACAACUUUCAAAGAUUUGUAGACCAAGUGAAAGGCAUUGAGAUUUCAGAUAAUGAAUUGGAAGGACAAAUUCCACAAGAAGUUGCAAGUCUAACAGGUCUUGUGUUCUUGAACUUAUCAAGAAACCAUUUGGUUGGAAGAGUCAUUCCCAUAAGUCUUGCUCAAGUUACUUGCUUGGAGAUUUUGGAUUUGUCUAAGAACAAUUUGUCCGGGAAGAUACCAAUUGGUACUCAGUUACAAGGCUUUGAUCCUUCAUCGUACAGCGGCAAAUGCGGACUUUGUGGUGCACUUCUCCCAAAAUGUCCGGGAGAUGAACCAUCGGGUAGCAAACUAAAAGGACAAGGUGCUCAAAAUCGAGAAAAAGAUGGAGAUACUGGAGAUAAUAUGACAUUUCUGGGACUGUUGAUAUCUGUGGUUCUUGGAUUUUGGGUCGUUUUUGGAACAUUAAUUAUAAAAAUGUCUUGGACAAAUGCCAUUCUUUAG